AUGGCGUUCGCUCUCAGGCACGCGGGGGCCAUGCCCCUGGGCGCGCGCAGCAGGCAGCAGAGCACCCUACGCACACCACAGCAGCACCGGCCACUGAGCAGCAGCAGUGGCGACCUUCGCCGGCUCAAGGUUGCGGCGAUUGACCAGCCGACAACCUACAGCGAUGCCGAGCAGCCACAUGCAUCGCUCGCCGAGCCUGUGGAGCAGCAGCAGCUGGAAAUUGCAGAGCUCGACCAGGCGCAGGAAAGCCUGCUCAAAUGGAUGCUGUUCCUUGAUAGCGACCAGCAGGAGGCAGACCUUGAUGAGAUGGAGGACCUCGAGGAGGUGGGGGACGAGGAGCACGCCGACCUUUAUGACGAGGUGGAGACUAUGCUGGAGGAGAGCGAGUCCAGCUUCAAGGUCGGUGACAAGGUCUACGGCACGGUCUACGAGGUGGACGACGACGGCGCGUAUGUCGAGAUCGGUGCCAAGUCGGCGGGCUUCGUUCCUCUGGUCGAAUGCGCCCUUGGCAAGCUCAAAACGCCCCUGGAGGUGCUGCGGCCUGGCAUGAAGCGCGAGUUUGUGGUUGCGGAGGAUGAGGACGAGUUCGGGGAGAUCAUCCUGUCGCUGGCAGCCAUUGAGUCCACUGUGUUCUGGCAGCGCAUCCGCCAGAUCAUGGAGGAGGACGUGCCCGUCAUUGUGACCGUGGUGGGCGCCAACCGCGGCGGCCUGAUGGUGCAGUACGCCCACCUGGAGGGCUUCAUCCCCGUCAGCCAGCUGGGCCAGAACAUGAACGCGGACAACCUGGAGUCUUUUGUGGGCUACGACAUCCCCGCCAAGUUCCUGGACGUGGACGAGGAGAACGAGCGGCUGGUGCUCUCCCACCGCCGCGCCAGCAGCAGCGCGGACAUGCAGGGUUACAAGGUCGGCGACGUGGUGGUGGGCGUGGUGCAGAGCGUGCGGCCCUACGGCGCGUUUGUGGACAUCGGCGGCGCCAUCGGCCUGCUGCACAUCAGCCAGAUCACCCACGAGCGGCUCACCACCGUCGACCAGGUCCUGGCCGAGGGCGACAAGCUCAAGGUCAUGAUCUUGUCCCAGGACAGCGACCGCGGCCGCGUCACCCUCAGCACUAAGAAGCUGGAGCCCGAGCCCGGGGACAUGCUGCGCGACCCCCAGAAGGUGUUUGAGAACGCCGACAGGAUGGCCGAGAUGUUCAAGCAGCGCGUCGCGGCGGCCGACAGCGCCGCACUCGCGCCGCUGGGCGCGGACGGGUACCCCGCGGUCGACCCGGCCUACCCGCCGCCGGCGGAGGGCGUGGCGCAGUGA